AACACAUUGAGCUACUCCAUUAGCCAACAAAAUUACUUUACUCUCCCUUUCCUCGAGCGACAUAUACACCAUGUCCGGCAAUCAGGCAGUCAACAUCAAUCCGCCUAACGCGCAGAUCGACAUUACGUCGCACGGCUCCGACUGGCUUUGGGCCGCCUUUUCCCUCUUUACCAUCUUCGACCUUGGUAUGGUAGCAUGGAUGUGGCUGCGACCCAAGACGCAGCGGGUCCUUCACCUCCUACCAAUCGUCAUCCUCACAGUAACGAUGGUGACAUACUUCACGAUGGCGUCCAACCUCGGCAGCACACCGAUCACUGCCGAGUUCUACGGCAACCACCACCAGGACCAGGCCGGAGAUCCGGCGACUCGUGCGAUCUGGUAUGCGCGGUACAUCGGAUGGACUCUUUCGCUUCCUCUCCUGGUCGCUGAGGUUCUUCUCGCGACUGGGCUGAGCGCGACCGAAGUAUCCGCUGCCUUGUUCAUGGAAGUCGUCUUCGUCGUAUCCUACCUUGUAGGUGCUCUGGUAUCGUCGACAUACAAGUGGGGCUACUUCGCCAUCGGUACCGCUGCCCUGCUCUACGUGAUCUCGUACCUCGUGGGGCCCGGCCUCAUCGCUGCUGGCCAUGUUGGUGCGGAUGUGCGCAAGGUCUACAUCACCACUGCGCCAUUUGUUGCCUUCCUAUUCUUCCUGUACCCGAUCGCAUGGGGCCUGUCCGAGGGCGGUAAUGUGAUUCACCCGGAUUCCGAGAUGGUCUUCUACGGCAUUCUCGACCUCCUCGUCCAGCCCGUUCUGCUUUUCGCCUAUAUCUUCCAGCUCCGCAACAUCGACAUUGCUCGCUUUGGAUUCGCCCCUCGCGAGACCAUUAUCGGCGAGAAGCCGGCGGCGACUGCAUAGAGAAAACAUCUGCUACUCGUAUUCCUCUCACGAUUUCUCAUGACCACUAAUGACCUGUACACCCACCAAUAAUGUAAUGCAGUCUUCGUAGUGUAGCAAUACUAAAGACUCGUUAACUCAUG